UUAGCUCAACUCUAAUUGCGAUUACCAAAACAAAAAACUAAAAAAUAUUCCGUACGAAGUAAAUAAAAAACCGGAUUACCUCCUCUUUCUCCCUCUCUCUCCGUUGAAGCGCACUCAUCGUUCUCCAUUGAAGCGCCUUCUGAUACUCCUAUCCUCCAUUAAAGCUGCUUCAGAGUAUUAUAUUUAUGUUGUGAGCGGAAGGUCGCGAGUUGGCCGGAUACUAUGGGUUCGUACAAGGAGUCGGACCCCUCGUUGGGGUUCCUAACAAAGAAGGAAACCGAAGUUAAGCUUCCUCGAUCCACCCGAGUCAAGAACAAGACUCCUGCUCCUGUUCAGAUCACUGCUGAGCAAAUUCUGCGUGAAGCUCGUGAAAGGCAAGAAUCUGAAAUCCGUCCACCCAAGCAGAAGAUUACUGAUUCGACCGAGCUUGCAGAUUAUCGUCUUAGGAAACGAAAGGAGUUUGAGGAUUUAAUCCGGAGGGUGCGGUGGAAUGUUAGUGUGUGGGUUAAGUAUGCUAAAUGGGAGGAGUCACAGAAGGAUUUUAAACGUGCUCGUUCGGUUUGGGAGCGUGCUUUGGAGGUUGAUUAUAGGAAUCAUACAUUGUGGUUGAAGUAUGCGGAUAUGGAGAUGAAGAAUAAGUUUAUAAAUCAUGCUCGGAAUGUGUGGGAUCGUGCUGUGUCUUUGCUCCCGAGAGUGGAUCAACUGUGGUAUAAGUAUAUCCAUAUGGAGGAGAUGCUUGGGAAUGUGGCUGGUGCUAGGCAGGUGUUUGAGAGAUGGAUGAUGUGGCAGCCUGACCAGCAAGGAUGGCGCUCCUACAUAAAGUUUGAGUUGCGUUAUAAUGAGAUUGAUCGCGCUAGGGGUAUUUAUGAGAAGUUUUUGCAGUGUCAUCCAAAGGUUGAUGCGUGGAUACGUUAUGCUAAGUUUGAAAUGAAAAAUGGGGAAAUUGCUCGAGCUAGGAAUGUCUAUGAGAGAGCGGUUGACAAGUUGGCAGAUGAUGAAGAAGCAGAGGUGCUGUUUGUGGCUUUUGCGGAGUUUGAAGAAAGGUGCAAGGAGACGGAACGUGCUAGAUGUAUUUAUAAAUUUGCACUCGACCAUAUCCCUAAGGGACGAGCAGAGGAGGUGUAUAAGAAGUUUGUUGCUUUUGAGAAGCAGUAUGGAGAUAAGGGAGGUAUUGAUGAUGCAAUUGUGGGAAAAAGGAGAUUUCAAUAUGAAGAUGAAGUUAGAAAGAGUUCUUUUAAUUAUGACACUUGGUUUGAUUACAUUCGGUUGGAGGAAAGUGUAGGUGUCACAGAUAGAGUCAGAGAAGUUUAUGAGAGGGCUAUAGCCAAUGUUCCUCCAGCUGAGGAAAAACGCUAUUGGCAGCGUUAUAUUUACCUAUGGAUCAAUUAUGCUCUAUAUGAAGAACUUGAUGCACAAGAUAUGGAGCGAACUAGAGAAGUAUACAGGGAGUGCCUUAAGUUGAUUCCUCACGACAAAUUCUCCUUUGCAAAGAUUUGGCUUUUAGCAGCUCAGUUUGAGUUACGACAAUUGAAUCUCAAUGGAGCUCGCCAGAUAUUGGGGAAUGCCAUUGGGAGGGCGCCAAAGGAUAAGAUUUUCAAAAAAUACAUAGAAAUAGAGCUGCAAUUGGGAAACAUAGAUAGGUGUCGGAAGCUAUAUGAAAAAUAUUUGGAGUGGUCACCAGAGAAUUGCUAUGCAUGGACCAAGUAUGCUGAGUUGGAGCGUUCUUUGUGCGAAAUUGAAAGAGCUAGGGCUAUCUAUGAGCUUGCCAUAGCUCAACCUGCAUUGGAUAUGCCGGAACUGUUGUGGAAGGCAUACAUUGAUUUUGAGAUAGCAGAGGGCGAAUUUGAAAAUACAAGAGCUUUAUAUGAGAGAUUGCUUGACAGAACAAAGCAUUUGAAGGUGUGGAUCAGCUAUGCCAAGUUCGAAGCUUCUGCUGCAGAGGAAAAUGGUGGCUCAGACGUGCCAGAGGAUGAGCCCCAAGAACUUCUACUUGAAAAGAAGAGAUUGUGUGUACAACGUGCUAGACGGGUAUUUGAAAAAGCUCUAAAUCAUUUUAGAGUUUCCGCUCCUGAGCUGAAAGAGGAGAGAGCUAUGCUCUUGGAUGAGUGGCUGAAGAUGGAGAAAGAUUUCGGCGAGCUUGGCGAUGUUGGUUCAGUUCAAGCUAAAAUGCCGAAGAAACUCAAGAGGCGACGACCUCUAAUGACAGAGGAUGGUCCAGCCGGAUUCGAGGAGUACUUCGACUAUAUGUUCCCCGAAGAGACACAAACUACCAAUUUGAAGAUCUUGGAGGCAGCAUACAAAUGGAAGAAGCAAAAAACUGGAGCUAACGAGUGAUUACGAGUACCUGCUUUAAACCUUUUUUUUUCCCCAGUAAAUCAGUUACUUUGUACUCAGUUUUGUAGUAUCUCUGUAUGUGUAGAUGUAAAAAAAUUUCAAUGGCAAAUUAUUCUUCAAUGUAGAAUUGUUUGCAAGUGUUGUAUACUUCAAUACUUGUAUGAUAUUUCCCUUGAGAAAGUUAUUGUUAAAAUUGAAAUUUGCAUCUUUAUACGAGUA